AAAAUUCAGUGUACAGCCUCCUAUCAGCACAUCUGCCUUGUAGUAGCGCUGGAUGUUAGAACUUGGAGAGACUUCGGUGGCAUUUGAACCGGAAACUCUUCAGAAUGGUCAGUCCGGUAACGUUACGCAGAACUUCUUCGACGAUGUCAACUUGAAGAUUUGCACUGUUCGAAAUAAUGGCUCAUUGGGAAUAACUGCAAAAUCGUUAGCUGUUAAUGAUGUAAUAUCAGCACGGACGAAAGAUCGAGGACCGCCUGGUUUGAUGAAACUUUCUCCAAAUGGGAAACUAGCCAUUCUUCAGCGACAAAUCAACUCUGUGGAUAUCGUGCUGUUGGAGAAAAAUGAUGGCACCACGGCUGUUGAAUUCAAUGUUGCAACCAAGUCUCGCGAUAUGAUACUUAGCGUUGAUUGGAUAAGCAACAAUCAGAUUCUGUUUGUAACCAAGCAGUCAUUGGAAUUAUUCGGUCUGAAUGAAGAAAAGAGAACAGCCAAAGUAUUGCGGACGUCAAAUGUGUCAGCUUCUUGGUCUAUAUAUUACGCUAAAUCAAGCUUGGUUAUUGUUGCAACGGGUAGUAAUUGCACAACCUUACAACCAUUUCUUGUUCAACACGGGCAGUUCACUAGAUUGAAGAAUUUUGAUGUGGAUUCCGGCACGCCUUCUAAUGAAAACCUCUUAGAAAAGGAUGUUACGUUAACAUCUUUAUAUGGAAAGAUUUGCGUUAUGGUAUUGCGGUACAGCGUACGUGGAGCAACCACGACCGAUCUGUUGAUAUACGAACUUUCUUCGGAUUUAAAUGUCCCUAUGAAGAUGAAGUAUUCGCUAGCGUUAGGUUGCUCUGGCGGUUUUGGAAUUCAUGUAAUUGACAAUCUGAUUGUGGUCCAUCAUCAGGGUGUGGCGAAGUCUAUGAUUUUUGAUGUAGCGCUUUCUCCCAAUCGACCUACCCAUUCUCCACUAAUCACAGUCUCAAUAAAACCUUCUCCUGUCUGCCAACCGCCUCCUGCCUUGUACAUACCUCUUUGGUCGAUGUUCCAACCGGAUAUAGUCGUUGAUCCUGUUGCUGGGAUGAUGUAUCGGUUAACGGUUUGUUGUAAUCGUGCUCAAGAUGAAAUACACGAAAAGGCUAUGCUCAUCGAGUUUUUGAUACAUCGUACGGGUCAGAAGCAGCUUGUACUUGACACAUUGCUCAGUUGUUUGAAAGCUAAAGAGUUGCGUUUGCGGCAGAUUAGGAAGCUGUUUGAUCUCAUUGUUGAGAAAUAUUCUCUAUCUACAUCAGCUAUGAGCAAUGGUGCUGAAUCGUCGAAGCCGCAGUUGGAGCCCGUGCCUGUGCAACACUUGCGAGUUGAACAGCAGGAGAUGCAGAGCAGUAUCUUUAUUCCGAUGAUGGAGGAUUCAACCACUGAUGCAAAAUUUGUCGCAGAUGUGAUGUUACAGUAUCUACGAAGUUUACAUCGUUAUGCAAUACCUGUCGAAGCAUAUUUCCUGGAGAUGGUCGUAGAAGCGCUCGCACAAGCGGGUGAAAUGGCUAAGCUGCAUCAGCUUGUAACCUACAGAGUCGUUUCGGACUCGAAGCCUUUGGCAUUUCUUUUGCUUUCGUAUGAAGCAAGAUGUCCUUCACUGUUUCAAUCUGGUAUGGAUAUAUUGGCACGGCAAAAAGCUUGUGAUGAGAUUGUGGAAGUUCUGUUGGAAAGGCGUCAUGUUAUCGAUGCAAUGAGAUACUUGGAUACGCAGCAGACAGAUACGAACAGUCUGAAGCUCUUAGAUGCUGCAAAACAAGAAAAUCGCGUAGUCCAAUUCGCGGUAAUAAACCACUUGAUAAAUAGAAAGUCAAAAGGAGAAAACGUGUCGAGAUUGGAAAGUGAGAUUAAGUCACUUUUUACCGAAGAGGAAAUUGAAGAAGCUACGGAAGAAGUGGCUAAGGCUAUUCAGUUUACAUGAUUCCAUCUUGCUGCGACUAUAGUCUUAGCCAGUAAUCACUCCUUGUUACAUGUAGUUGACAGUUCUUCUCAUCGUCGUCUUUCCAAUGUGCCUCAAUCUCGUCACAUAGCUAAACAAGAGAUUUUGCCUCAGUUCAUGGUGCCAACUUCUUUCAAUCUUCCUACUCAAUUUCGCAGAGACUGUGAUAUCCAAUCAUUUAUGCUGCGCUGAUCAAAAUCAAACUUCAUAGCGCAAAUCAGUCUUCAACUUUGAGUCCAAUAUUUAUUCAAAUUUUAUGAUAGCUGUAACUUUUAUGUACAUUCUAUCAAUCUCACAAACUUAGAAAAUCUAUAUUUCAGGAUAAUAAGUGUAAAUAGAUGUUCACCGCUUUUCUUACUGGUGCUACAAAGAAUUUUUUGGACAUGCAACUUUACGUCUUUACAUCACAGAG